CUUUUCUAAAUCCAUCCAAUCUGUUGGGUGUCUAUACUUAACAGCCCUACUCAACAAAUCUGGGUCAAUAGACGGUAUGGUAAAGCUACACAGUUGCUGUCUGUGAGCAACAUUACCAUUAUUGGAACUUUAAAGAAUCAUAUUGUUGAAGAUUUAGCCCAAUUCUUUUCAGAUUCUGAUUCAGCUAAAAUCCUCGUUAUGCAGGGGUGAGGAGGAAUAAAAACACAACUGGGUGAAAGCUUGAAGAAGUGAGAAGAUUUGAGGAUUUCAUUGAGAAAAUGGAACUCCAAAACCUAUUGAAGAUCGAUUGGAGCCAGUAUUUUUGCAAUCGGCCAAAAGUGGAGUUUGAUACAAGUUCGAAGCAUCAUCUUCUCUGCAGUGAGUUGAAAAGCAGCUCUGUCAGGCUGGAGGGCAAUUCAGAUCCAUACUGCAGCAUCUGGACCGACACUCAGCAAGCAAGAGUCAAGAGUUGUAACAAUCGGUCAUUUGCCAUGGAUGCCAGAAUAAGACUAGAUAAUUUGAAGUCGGGGUGUAAUUCACCCUUGCCUUGUGGUGCCACUGAUAGGAUGUUGUUCAACUAUAACUUUCGAAAAGACCUCUGGGACAGUGAAGAGUCACAAGAAGAAGAGUCUGCUUUGGACUCGGUGGAGCUCCUUGAUGUAGAGGACAAUGUGCAGGAUGAAGAGAGCUGGUUAUAUGAGUCAAAGAAGCAGGUGUUUGUGGAGAGAAGUGAGUCUGCUCUGAAAUGGUGUCGACACGUCCUGGAUAACCCCAGUCCUGAGAUGGAGGCUGCAUGUCGUUCACUGAUAAACAGGCUGGAACAAAGAUCAAGCAUGUGUCAUUUCUACAGACAUCCUGCAGUUGACUCCUCUACGGACAAAACAUCUGUCAGCACAACACACAAUAUCUCUGACAGUUCAGACUACAGACUGCAGGACAUCACAGAUGUCCACAUUAUGGCUCGAAUACAGGAAGCCAGUUUAAGACAGGACUAUGUUUCCAUGCCUGCCAGGAGAAGCCCUGAGUCACCAGUGAUUUUUCCAUUUUAUUUCACCACUUUUGAAAAUAUCGAUGAGUCCACUCAAGGUAAUAAAACUGAGGCUUCAUCUUCCUCUUGUUGGCAGCCUGGUCUAUCGUCACUGAGCUCUUCCCUUCGCCAGUCAUCAACACCAGUGGCUGAGCAGGGCUGCCGAAGUCCAAAACUGGCCAGACUUCACCAGCAAGUCACCCAGUUCAAACUGCUGAAACUUGCUCAGAAUCAAGCAGCAACAUCACCAGGCAGGACCAGGUCACCUCUGCGUACCAGCCUCCGCUCUCUCCAGGCUGUUAGGAACAGCCGAUGUUUAGACAACAACAACUGGCAAUCUGCUGACCAAAUCACGUACCCACCAUCAGCGCCCUCCAACAGCUCGCUGCACUCAGUGAGAGACUCCUCAGACCCGACGACAGCUGUGAAGAGACUGCUGAGGUCUCAGUCUCUCAGCCCCUGCAGGAUCCCUCACCCUGCUAAGGGAUACCUGUCUGUUAAUGGACGCGUUUAUGCCUCACCCGAGAGGUCGACCGUAGCAGCUUGGGGCACAAGUGUGCCAUUCACUGAAAGGUGAAAGGUGUCACCAGUGAAUCCCUGAUAGUUAUAUAAUGAUGAGGUAGAAUUAAAACAUUGAGACAUUUA